AUGGCGUUCUUCCAGCUGGUGGUAAAAGCGCGAAAGUUGAGGCAGGCGCGACGCGAUUACCGCGACGAGAAGCUGCGCUCGAUCGAGAUAUCCCGCGGCGACAAGGUGCGCUACACCCUCGGCCAGCGCUUACGCCGACGGAGAAUACUGCUCAGGCGCAAAAUAAGGGGCCUCCUCGGCAGCUGCGCGUCGUGCCUGGAGAACACCUGGCUCCACCGCCAGACCGCGAUGCUGAGAGCCGACGGCACCCUGGAGAACUACGUCGCCAAGAGCGUCUGCGGCUUCGUCGGCGGCGUCGCGCUCACCUACGUCUUCUUCGUGUUCUUCGUCUUCCAAUUGCACUUCGGCCUCGCCUCGGCCACCGUCGUCUGCAGCCUCGUCGGCGUCUUCAUGAGCCUUGGCUUGGCUUUUUAUCCGCGCGUCAGGUGCAUGGUGUUCCUCUUCCUGCCGCAGUUCUUUUCGAAACGCGGCCGACAGGCGCUCAUGGCCUACGCCUUCAUCCUGGCGCUCAGCGGACCGGCGAAAAAUGCCCUAUACAACAUCGGCGUGCUGUCGGAGUCGUUGGCCUGCAGCCAAGAACAACUGAAGGAAGCCGUGAAGUCGGUGAUCGAGCUGAUGAAGCAACCGUUCUACGCGCUGCGAGACUCCCUGGCGCAAAUAGUCAAGUCCGUCAAAGCUAUCGCGCAGCGGAUCAAGAAGACCCUUAUCGCAAUGAAGAGGCUGGUUAUUAGCAUUCUGCAGGUGAUCAAGUCGGCGUUCGACUGGCUGGCGAGCAUCGUGAGCAUCUGCAACAAGAGGCUCGGCACGCCGUACGAGCGCUGCCAGAACUCGCUGGACGAAGCCGUCGCCGACUGCCAGGACAAGCUCGGCGACUACCUCAACAAGAUUUGCGACGUCACUUACCUCGCCAACACCGUGUGCUACACUCUCAAGCCCCUGGAUCUCGUCUGCGUACUCAGCGACUUCGUGUCCGAUGCUAUCGUCGGCGUGGUCAGGAGGAAGCUCGUAAAAUUCUCGCGGGAGAUGAAGGCGAUGCUCCACGUGAAGAUAAAAUUCUCGCACUCGUUUCACUUCGAGAGCAACAAGAGCCGCAGCCUGGCCGAGGUGUCGAGGGGCAUCUCGUCGGAAAUCAAAGCUAGGACGAACCGCUUCUUGGCGCUCUUCGACUGGGUCGGCUUCGUCACUAGCUUCCUCUUCCUGUUCUUGUUCCUGAAGGUGGCCUACUACCGCUACAAGUGGCUGACGAGCGAUCGCUUCGACAACCGCUACAUCCUGAGCCACAUGCGCGAGAUCGACUUGCGUCGAGUGAAGCAGGACAAGGAGACGAUCUUCCCGCUGAACCGGCGCGAGCGCGGCAAGUACGCGCCGCUCACCUCGCUCCUGCUCAUCGAGGCCGAGAGAGUCCGACUGGCCAAGUCGGCGGUCUUCCUGGCCGUCACGUCCGUCAAGCUGCUCAUCUACAUAGCCACGGACUACUGCCUGUUCUGGAUCCUCGACACCGUCAGGUACCACGGCCGCGUCGAGGCGACGGCGCCGAGGGAGCCGUACGGCGGCUCGGUGGAGGUGAGGGGCACGGGCUUCCUCGCGGACGUCUACCGCAGCGUGGUGGUCGCGUUCUCGCCGUACACCGACGAGCACCGGCGGGACGCGGAGCUGACGCCCUGUCUGCCCGAGCCCAAGCCGCCGGACUACGACGCCUACGCGAGGAUCGUCGCGAUGACGCUGUUCUGCUGGAUCAUGGCGCUGUUCGAGCCCUACGGGCUGAGGCUCCGACACGUCGUGCUGAGCCAGUACUACCCGGACAGAGCGAAGCAGCGGGCCGUCUGGCUGUACAACCACAUCAUGAGGUCCCGCGGCUCGUUCCUGAAGUACGCGCGUCGCCAGCUGCGCCGCAGCUUCGGCCUGUCGCGCGGCGUCGAGCGGGUGACGCUGCGCGAGCGCCUCUGGGCGGUCUGCCCUCUGCUGAACCGCCUGGCGCCGCUCCCGACGAGGAGCGCCUGCCUCGUCUGCGGAUCGCCCGAGCGGGACAGGCACGCGCCGCACGUGAGGUGCCCGACGCCCGGCUGCGCGGGCGUCUACUGCCCGCAGUGCUUCCAGGACCUGGGCAAGCUGUGCACCGUCUGCUUGUCGCCCCUGGACUACGGCGACCUGACCGACAUGAGCGAGGAGAGGGAUUCGUCGGAAGACGAGCCGGACCUCACGGGGCUGAGAGAGAAGCUGAAGCGGCUGAGGAGGGACGGCGCCGAGGCGAAAAAGCCCGACGAGGAGGAGACGCUGCUGCCGGCAGAUACCUCAGACGACGACACUCGGUCGGAGUACAGCUACGGCUAUCAGGAAGAGCAAGAGCCGGACGCCGCUGCACCGCGGAGAGUCAAGUUCAAAGACCUGGAGGCGCAGGCCAUCCGGGACGACGUUACGAUGCAGGUGAGCGAGUCAGCUGUCGAUCGAUGGGAUUCUGAAAAAUGUUUCCUGCGCGUUGCCAAGGUGUUCGAUGGUCCUGCGGAAGACGCCUCGUCGAGUAACGAGGAGCGCGUAUACUGCUUCGGAUUUGUCAGGCUGAGCCAGCCCAAAAAACCAGCUGCGAGCGAGGACGACUCGACGUCCGUAGCGGACACGGAAACGUGGACGACCGACGAGCUCCAGAUCGGCGGCGACGACGACGUACUCGAGAUCGAGAUCGAGCAGCCCAGCGACGACGAGCUGCCGUCGCGAAGCUUUCGCAGAGAGAAGCCUGGCAGACUAAAGAGAUUGACCAAAGCGGUCGUCGCGCUGUUCCGCAAGAAGAGAUCGACAACUUACAAAGAUUCGAUUCAAACAGGAGUUGAGUGCGAUGAAGAGCCGUCGUCGUCGUCGUUGUCGUCGUCGUCGUCGUCCGAGUGCGACGAGCAUCGCGAGCUUCUGCGUGGAUCUAAGACUGACGAGUUCGGUCUGAGGAAGAGGAACGUCACCUCGACCAGGCGUACCAAGCGCCAACGCCAGUCUCGGGCGCGCAUGGAUAAAGUCGUCGCGGCAGAGCCGCUGAGCUGCGAGACGAAAGAGCUGCCGAGGCGCUUGAAGUCGAUUUGCAAUGACACCAAGUACUACGAAGUCGACGAGCGCGAAUCCUAUUACUCCCCGAGAGAGAGAAUUCAGUACCGAGCGGACUACAGCACAAUGACCGACACUCAAUCCACCGUCGACAGUGAUCCGUCUCGUGAUAGAAGCUCGACGUACGCCGACGAUCGGGACUCGUACAUUUAUACGUCGGAUAACAACGAGAACCGCUACGAUACGCACUUCGCGACUUCCAAUUCGUCUCUACCCGACGACUUUGAUUUCUCAGAGAUGUCGAGCGACAAUUCAAGUAAGAGAAUCGAACUUCGCAAAGCGAGCGAGGCUGAGCGGCUGACCAAGGAAGACAAAAUCAAGGGAGACAGCGACGAGAAAGGCUCCAAGUACGAGAAAAUCCUAUUUCACGACGCGAUCUCAUCGUCCGAGAUCUCGGACAAGAAAACGCGCAAGGGGGACUUUGGCGCGCACCUGCAGUCGAAUAAGAAAACGCAAACGAACGUGGAAUCGGACGUUUUGCGGAGAGAUAAGGUCGACAAGGAGACCGCGAACGCGAGGAAACGAAGUUGCUUGAUGCAAGAAAAGUUAUCUGAUAUUGACAGCGAAAAGGCUCGGACGAAGAGCGACGACUUGAGCGAUAUACAAACGGACAACGGCUAUAGGUACAGAUCACUGCCAUUGACACGUCAUGUGUCAUUUUUAGAAUGUACUUUUCAAUUUGCAAUUCAGACAAACGGAUGGAUCGAGGCACAGAUGCCUGCCAAGCCAAACAGUUCGUGGUUUUCAGCCGGUCGUUGA